AUCAUUUUUCGUCUGUUUUCAUCAGUUCUCAUCUCGUCACUACCGUGGGGGAUUGUCGCGUGAGUUUCUGGACUUUGACUUUCCAAACAGCAUUUACUUGACCGACUUCUAAGUUUGGUCGCUCAGAACUCUCUGCGCUGAGCCGAUCUUCAAGAUGGUGCUCUCACUAUCCACUUUCCUUCUCCCAAUAUCACUCCUCGCCUCAAUCGCGCAAUGCGCCACUGUCACGUACGACUUUGACAUCGCAUGGACAUAUGCCAACCCCGACGGCCAGCAAACACGCCCGAUUCAAGGAAUCAACGGACAAUGGCCUAUCCCACCUAUCACGGUGACGAAGGGAGAUCAACUCAUCGUUAACGUCAAGAACUCACUUGGGAAUGAAAGCACGUCGCUUCAUUUCCACGGUCUCUACCAAAAUGGCACUACGCACAUGGAUGGCCCGGUUGGAGUCAGCCAAUGUUCGAUUCCCCCAGGGGGCUCCUUCACAUACAACUUCACGGUCGAUCAACCAGGAACCUACUGGUAUCAUUCUCAUGAGCAUGGACAGUACCCUGACGGUCUUCGCGGUGCCUUGAUCGUGCAUGAUCCCAAAGAUCCCCACAAGGAUCUGUAUGAUGAGGAAAUCGUGCUGACCCUGUCGGACUGGUAUCAUGACCUUAUGACAAAUCUCCUCAAGGACUUCAUCAGCAUCGCAAAUCCAUCUGGCGCAGAGCCCGUUCCUCAAGCAGCUCUAAUGAACGACACUCAAAAUUUGACUGUCAAGAUCGAACCAGGCAAGACGUACCUCUUCAGAAUAAUCAAUAUGGGUGCUUUUGCUGCUCAGUAUGUGUGGUUCGAAGAUCACACUAUGCGAGUUGUUGAGGUCGACGGUAUCUAUACCGAGCCGAUGGAGGCAAACAUGCUUUAUCUCACUGCUGCGCAGCGGUACAGUGUGCUUGUUACUGCGAAGAACGACUCCAACUCCAACUUCGCUUUUGUUGGGAGUAUGGACCAGGAUCUAUUCGACGUAAUUCCUGCCGGUCUGAACUCCAAUGUCACCGGCUGGCUUGUUUACGACGAUAAGAAGGACAAGCCAGCGGCAAAAGAGAUCGAAGCAUUCGAGCCUUUUGAUGACUUCAACUUGGUGCCGUAUGAUAAGGAGGGGCUGUAUGACAAGGUUGACCAGUCCAUCACUCUUGAUUUGAAGAUGGACAACCUGAACGAUGGUGCCAAUUACGCCUUCUUCAACGAUAUCACUUACGUCAGUCCCAAAGUCCCAACACUCUACAGCGUUCUCUCGACCGGCUCGAAUGCUACAAACCCAGCUAUAUACGGCUCAAACACCAAUUCCUUUGUCCUAGGCCACAACGAAGUCGUUGAGAUCAUCUUGAACAACGACGACGCGGGAAAACAUCCUUUCCAUCUCCACGGCCAUGCAUUCCAAGUCGUAACCCGCAGUGAUGAGGCGGCAGGAUUCUUCGACCCGGCCAAUACUACGACACCGUUACCCGCGACGCCGAUGCGUCGCGAUACCAUCCUUGUCCGUCCAAACGGCUAUAUCGUCCUACGCUUCCGCUCCGAUAACCCCGGCGUUUGGCUUUUCCACUGCCAUAUUGAGUGGCACGUCGCCUCGGGCUUGAUUGCCACCAUGAUCGAGUCGCCAUUGGACCUACAGCGUCAGCUGUCCGAUAAAAUUCCCCAGGAUCACUGGAAAGUGUGUCAAGACGCUAAUAAGCCGACGAAAGGCAAUGCUGCGGGCAACACGGUGGACUACCUCGACCUGACGGGUGAGAACAAGUCUCCUGGCAAACUACCAGCGGGUUUCACAGCGCGUGGAAUAGUCGCGUUGGUCUUUAGUUGUUUGGCGGCUUUCCUAGGUAUGGGUGUCAUUGCAUGGUAUGGUAUGAAGCCGAUCAAGACCAAGACAGGUUAAGGAUGGGAGCUGAGACAUGAACUGUAUGGCGUUCGCAAGGUAUCUAGGGCCCUCAUUGUAUUCUAGCCUUUCUAAUAUGCGAUGAUAUCAAUAAUUUGUAUGAUUUCUUCUUCUCUAUCGCGUCUAUGUUAUACCUCUUGUGGUUUUGGU